GCCAAGUGACAAGAGAUGAAGAUCAAGAUUGAGACACAAAAGAAAUUUUUGUUUGUUUCAGUGAAUUUUCAGACGUUGGACGUUACGCAAACAAGCGGCGAGAACUUUUCGGUUUCAGCUGGCCAGGAUUUGGAGAUGAGUUCGCCAACGAAAUGCGCGUACUGCCAGGCGCAUGCCACACAGUUGUGUGCGGCCUGUCGCAACGUUGUCUACUGCAGUCGGGAGCAUCAGAAGGAGCAUUGGAAGCGAGGCCACAAAUUGGAGUGCAAGUGCUAUGAGCUGGACACCAAUGAGCUGCUGGGCAGGCAUCUGCGCGCCACGCGCGACAUCAAGAUGGGCGAGCUGAUCAUGCGGGAGGCGCCGCUAGUGCUGGGCCCAAAGGUGGCCUCGAUGCCCAUCUGCCUGGGCUGCCAUAGAAAUCUGUUGCCGCCGCAGAGGCCAGCCGUCAACUACUAUAAAUGCAGCGCCUGCAGCUGGCCGCUGUGCAGCGCAGAGUGCGAGAAAUCCUCAUUCCAUGUGGGUGAGUGUCGUCUGAUGGCUGCCAGCAAAUUUCAGUCGAAGAUCAACUAUAAUCCGGGACAGCCGGUGGGCAAAGAGUCCGCCUAUUGCGUGAUUAUGCUGCUGCGUUGCAUGCAGCUGAAGGAGUCGCAGCCGGCGGCAUUCGCUCGACUCUGCGAGCUCGAGGAUCAUCUGAAGGAGCGACUCGAUACGCCCUUGUAUCAUGUGUUGCGCGCGAAUUUAAUUACCUUCAUCAAAACGGUGCUGGGCCUUCGGGAGUGGUCUGAGCUAGACAUCCUGCGCAUCGCUGCCAUUCUGGAUACGAAUGCCUUUGAGGUGCGGCACUCAGGUGGAAGCAAAAAGGUGCGCGGCUUGUUUCCAGGCGGUGCCAUGUUCUCGCACGACUGUGUGCCCAACAUGCGGCAUCGCUUCGACGACGACAUGAACAUUGUGUUCCUGGCCAAACGUUCGAUUGCCAAAGGUGAAAUCCUCAGCAUCUCCUACACGCAACAGCUGCGUAGCACCAUACAAAGGCGGCUGCACCUGAAGCAGGUGAAAUGCUUUGAGUGCGCUUGUGCCAGGUGUGCAGAUCCCACGGAGCUGGGCACCUAUGCAGGUGCACAUGUGUGUGGCAAGUGCAAAGUGGGAAAGUUCAUCUCAAUGGAUCCGCUGCAAAACGCUGCCAACUGGAGGUGCGAAGUAUGCAAUUUGAUAAGAUCAGCAAAGGAAUUCUUGAUACACGAUGCCAAAAUAGAGGCUGAGCUGGAGUCACUGGACAAGACAGCGCCUCUCAGCUUUGAAGACUUUCUCUAUCGCCAUCGCGUUGAGCUGCACGAGACGAAUACGCACAUACUCCAAGCGAAAUAUGCCUUGACGCAGAUUUAUGGCAAUGUGAAAGGGUUUGCUAUGGAAGAGCUCAGUGAUGCCUCGCUUAAGCGCAAAGUGGAGCUCUGCGAGGAGCUUUUGGAGAUUUCGAAUUUGUUUGAUAGCGGCUGGAGCAUCUUUCGAGGUAACUUGCUGAUUGCCUUGGAGGAGGCGAUUGUGGCACAGGCUAUGCGAUUAGAUGAAGCCAGUGAAUGUGAGGCAAAGCUCAAACAAGCAGCCGAACUCUUGGAAGAAAUAACAAACAUUAUGAAGCAUGAACCAGAGAUGCAACAGUUGCUGACAGAACGUAAGCAGAUAUUGGACGCGGCGUUGGCGCGAUUUUCAAACGAGGUCCAAUAAUUGUAAAAUUAU